UUUGGUUUCUGAUUUCCCGUCGCUCCUGCUUAUUUCCACCGGAAGUAAAGUUAAAGAGCCAGUAAACGAACACUGUAACUGCAGAGGUGGGGUCUGUGCUUCCCAACAAUGGAGCAGUGUGCCUGUGUGGAGCGCGAGUUGGAGAAGGUGCUCCACCGGUUUGUCAUGUAUGGCCACAUGUCAGAGGAGCGUCUGGAUGAGCUGCUGCGCUAUGUCUGUGAGCUGCGAGGCCAGCUGGUCGCAUUCGGGGUCCAGGAUGCCGACUUGUCAGUCUUCUCCCAGUCAAUGGCCCAGUGCUGCAGAAACGUCAAAGACACAGUGCAAAUGCUUGCCUCACGGCACAAGGACAUUCAUGGCAGCGUGUCCAAAGUGGGAAAGGCCAUCGACAGGAAUUUCGAUGCAGAGGUCAGUGCGGUUGUGGCUGAGACAGUGUGGGACUCCCCAGAGAGGCAGAAGUAUUUAAGUGAAACCAUUGUGGAGCAUCUGUAUCGACAAGGAAUGCUGAGUGUGGCGGAGGACCUCUGUCAGGAAUCAGGGGUUGUGAUUGACAUGAGCCUGAAGCAGCCAUUCCUGGAGCUGAAUCGCAUUCUAGAGGCUUUGAGAAUGCAGGACCUCAGACCGGCAUUGGAGUGGGCCGUGGCAAACCGUCAGCGGCUCCUGGAUCUGAACAGCACGCUGGAGUUCAAGCUGCACCGCCUGUACUUCAUUAGCCUGCUGAAUGGGGGCAUGGCCAACCAGCAGGAGGUGCUGCAGUACGCGCGCCAUUUCCAGCCCUUCGCCUCGCAGCACCAGAGGGAUAUCCAGAUCCUGAUGGGUAGCCUGGUGUACCUUCGACAUGGUAUUGAAAACUCUCCGUACCGCAGCCUAUUGGAGACCAACCAGUGGGCUGAGAUCUGCAACAUCUUCACCAGGGAUGCUUGUGCCCUGCUGGGCCUGUCGGUGGAGUCGCCACUCAGCGUCAGCUUUGCAUCUGGUUGCAUGGCCUUGCCGGUCCUCAUGAACAUUAAGCAGGUCAUUGAGCAGAGGCAAUGCAGUGGCGUUUGGACACACAAAGACGAGCUGCCGAUUGAGAUCGACUUGGGGAAGAAGUGUUGGUAUCACUCAGUAUUCGCCUGUCCCAUUCUGAGGCAGCAGACCUCGGAGAGUAACCCUCCGAUGAAACUCAUCUGCGGCCAUGUCAUCUCUCGAGAUGCCUUGAAUAAGCUUACCAAUGCUGGGAAGCUCAAAUGUCCGUACUGUCCAAUGGAACAGAACCCUUCGGAUGCCAAGCAGAUAUUUUUUUGACGUUGCUGGGGAGGAAGUGGCAAAGCUCGGAAGACCUGGGCAAACACCCAGGAUCCACUUGCAUGGGUCUGAGGAUCUUCUGCGGUGGUCAAAGGCUAAGCCUUUACAGUAUCUCCUUCCCUCCAUAGGGUGUUCCUUCACAGAGACCUUUGGUGAUAGCAAAUUACAAGUAGACAGUCAGUAGGUGUAAAUAUCAGAGGCUAUUCAGACUCUCACUUACUAUUUUAUUUCCUGUUGCCGUUUCCUUGGUUUGACAAUUAAUAGAACGAUUUUUAAUGGGUGGCGCAUCUGGGAAAUGGCUGCUUGUGACUUGGAAAAGCCUUUCAAGCCUGGCAAAUAUUCUAUACGUGAAUGUUCUAUACAUUUAUCAGUAGCGAAAGUGGCUGCAACCACAAUAUAUUCACAAAUUAUUUAUACUGAUAGGUAAUGAUUCAGAGCAGUUGAUGAUGUAGUAAAAUAGAUGUAUAAAUUAAAGUGUGUGUGUGUGUGUGUGUGUGUACACUGUACGUGUACAUGUGAUGAAUGCUUACACGUGUAUCAUGGACUUCAGUAUGUUGGCCUGAGUGCUUGGAAAUGUAUCAGUGUGGUUUAUAUAUGAGGGUUAUCUGUUUUUUUUUUUGUUUGUUUUUCCUUUUUUGGUCUCUCUUCUAAGGAAUGCUGGUUUUCGGGGUUCAUGAAGUAUCUUAAUCAUUUGAGGUUUAGGACCUUUGGGGGCUGUGUUACUUGUGUGUGACUUACAGUAUUUCUUAUGGGAAGUGUACUGCUGUUUAAACGUGCUGUGUUUUGAUUUUCUGUUAGCAGAGAUUUGUUAGGAAAAACUGUACUAAUGCGAUCCAGUUCUUUAGAGUUUCCUCUUUUAAAAAUGGGUUUGUGUCAUUUGGUGUCAUUUUCUCCUGCCGCGUGUGCAGUCAGAGUGCUUGCUUUCCUGCUUUGCCCUUUAAACAGCACUGGCGGUCUUGUGCGUGUCACUGUUCGCGGUUUGCCACCCUCUGCAGCAGCAUAUAAGUGAGAAAGGGGAUAUCAGCAUGAUACUGUGUUUAAUUCGCCAGUGCUUUCACAACUUGGACUUUUGUUGAUUUACUUGUUUAAGUUCCUUUUCUCACCAUAGCACAUUGAUAGUUAAUCUGUGUAUAUUUUUUAUUUUAAAAAUUUUAUUUUCUCAGGGUGUUAUCUUACACUUCACUCUCUGAUACAUGCAGUGUGUGGAUAAAUGAACUAAGCUCAAAAUAGUAAGGCUGUAACAUAUAAAAUGUAUCUCUGUAGUAUGCAUGUAAAAUAACGAUAAGCAAGAGUAGCUGGAAGGGUGAGUACAUACGUUUAGUCUGCAUAACGGCAGCAGUAAAAAAAAAAAAAAACAACUUGUCGGGAAAUAUUUAAGAUUAUUGCGCGUAAGAAUGGUCGUGCUCAUUUUGUAAUGUCUCAAAUGUAAUCCUGAGGCAGGCUAAGGCUGCUUAAACACAGCUGCAGAAUAUAUCGUUAUUAUAACCUCAAUUUACUGUAGCAGUCACAUAAAGCCACCUUACCUGAAACAUACAUUGAUGGGGCAUUUUUGUAUUCAUUGGUAUUGUUUUGUUUUUCUUUUACUUCCAUGUCUGGGUACUUGACUGGGUCUUGUUUCUUCUUUGAGUACUUUGAGUACUUUGAGUACAGCUUCUUGUCCCCACAUUAUGAGCACAAAAUGAAAGCAUUAGAGCACUGACCCAUGGCAGAUUGUAUGAAAGUCACUGCGUUUUUUGUGUUACAUUUAAUGCAAUUUUUAUUGUAAAUACUUAUCCUUUAAUAGUAAAAUUCAUUUCAUAUGUGCUUACACCAUAAAAUAAAUCUUUUUACUUAAAGCUGUUUUUUAAAUUGAAAUCAUACAGUUUUGACUUCCUUUGCAUGAAAUUCAUAAUGAUGAACCAGCAAACAUUUAACUAUAUACAUUUUAUACAGUAAGCCGAUAUAAGCAUUUUAGUAGACCCUGAUUCUCCCAGGUCAUAAAUCCUGACAAUUAAUGCCACUAGAGGGCAAUGACGUCUUUUAUAUUGAGACUAGUACACAUGUGCAGUGACUGAAAAUUCAUUUCUUUUGUCCAUGUGGAGAUUCAUAAAAGUACUUUAACCCAGUAUUUGUUUAGCUUGUGUUGAUAAUUAUGGAACUGUAAUCAUUAGAGAAAGUGUAAUUUUUGUAAAGUGCUCUUAAGGAAAUUGCUCCAAGUUGCUUUAAAAAUACAUUUAUAAAUAAAUUCUGGGAAGUCCUUGAUAUUA